AAUUAUUUAACAGCCAAAUACCGAUAAUGUUUACCCGCCAGAUUUACGCGUUGAGACAGUUUUCCGGUUGAAUCUCCGCCUUCUACUGUCCACCUUCUUCAUCGGCGGAGCCGAUCGCCGCCGUCCCAUCAAACACCAAUCGUCAUCCACAAUCUCUCUCUUCUUUCUCUCUCAUAGCCAGUUCCCACGUGGCACGAAUCCACCAUUCCUUUUCGAUGACGCUUCAAAUUCCCCUACCGGAACCAUCAAACGAAGCACGAGCCCUCCGCCCUAAUUCCGGUGGAUAGGGAAUGGAAAAUUAGGGUUCCGAUUCCGUUUCCCCCAAACAUUUCUGAUGAAUUUAUUCUCUGCGAAUCGAACAUCCAUUUGUAUUGGGAAUUUGGAUUUUGAUCCAACUUCUCAAAGCCCAACUGCUAUUUCUACACCUGUCCCGUCCAUUUCGGAAUCUGAUUCACUCCUUUUCAUUCCCCCGCAAAUGCCUAUUUAAAUGCGCCAUGCGAAUUCCCAGGAGACAGCUAUCCUUUUGCCUCUCCUUGUUUUCGCUUGAAUUCUCAUACCCUGUAUCCCCUCGAAACUUUCUUGGAGUUCCCAAAGGGAUUCAUACACUAAGAUUAAAUCGGUCGUGUGCUAUUGGUGCCAUGGGUGAGAAUCUAGGGACUGUCAUGAAGGACAAGAGAACGCAUUCUCUGGAUGUCACCCACAGUGAGGAUGUCCAGCAACCAUGCAUAUGGUCAUCAUCAGUAGAAUGCAAUAUUGACAUAGGAAAGCAGAUUUUUUGCAAUAGAUCUUUGAAUAUGAAAAAUAUUGUUGCCGUGGGGUUCGACAUGGAUUACACGUUGGCACAAUACAAGCCAGAAACUUUCGAGUCCCUUGCAUAUGAAGGCACAAUAAGAAAGCUGGUUUAUGAUUUGGCGUAUUCCGAAGAG